AUGAUUUCAUGUUUACGUAGGUCGACUUCGGGUGUUGCUGUGAACCCAGAAGUGCAGAGGACAUUCCAACGCUUGUCAGAAGGCAAGAAGGAGCUUCGGUAUAUUAUUUUUAAAAUUGAGGAACGAGAAGUCGUUGUAGAGUCAGCGGUCCGUCAAGAGGAGUUGGAAUUAACCGUGGAUGAUUAUGAAGAUAAUUCAAAAUCAGCUUUCGGUCUCUUUAUUGCAGACUUAAGAGAACGUACAGAAGGUUUCAAAGAUUGCAGAUAUGCUGUCUUUGAUUUCAAAUUCACCUGUUCACGUGUCGGAGCGGGCACAUCAAAGAUGGAUAAAAUUGUAUUCAUCCAAUUGUGUCCUGAUGGCGCUUCAAUCAAGAAAAAAAUGGUUUACGCUUCAUCGGCUUCUGCAAUUAAGGCUUCCCUUGGAACGGAAAAAAUCUUGCAAUUCCAGGUUUCUGAUGAAUCUGAAAUGUCGCAUAAAGAACUGCUCGCAAAACUGACCGAUAAGUACGGAGAUAAUUAA